AUGUCUUCUGUGAAAAAGAGCCAGGAUGUAGAGGAGCAGAAUGGACCCAACUAUGGGACUGUCGAUGUCAAGGUUGGCACUCAGCAGGAUCUCCUUGACCUACAAGAUCUGGACCCUGCUUUCAAUCAGAAAAUGCGACUCGUCAACGAUGCUAUUGACGAAAUUGGGUGGACGCCGUAUCACCUCAAGUUGUUCUUCUUAAACGGCUUCGGCUAUGCUGUUGAUUCAAUGAUCCUCCUUUUCCAGUCCAUCAUUGCGACACAAUCCUUCCGCGAAUUCGGAGAAAAAGGCUAUCCCAACGCCAUGACCAUCGCAGCAUAUGUCGGCAUGCUGACUGGCGCUCUCUUCUGGGGUUUCGGCGCCGACAUUAUAGGGAGAAAAUACGCCUUCAACAUCACCCUAUUCCUCUGUGCAGUUAGCUGCAUCAUCGCUGGCGGAAUGCCCAACUGGCCAUCCCUUGGGUUUUUCGUUGCGCUCCUUAGUUUUGGCGCCGGUGGCAACCUCGUCAUGGACACAGCUGUUUUUCUGGAGUACCUCCCGAGCAACAAACAGUGGCUUCUAACCCUCAUGGCAUGUUGGUGGGGGUUCGGGCAGGCUAUUGCAGGCUUCAUCGCUUGGGGAUUUAUGGUUCCUGAGCGUUGGAACUGCGUUGAUGUUGAGACUUGUACACGAGGGAACAACAUGGGCUGGCGAUAUGUCAUGUUCACAGGCGGCGCUCUCGUUUUCUUCCUAUCGCUUCUUCGAGUCACCGUAGUCAGACUCCGUGAAACUCCCAAGUACCUCCUCGGUGUUGGAAAAGAGGAAGAACUGAUUGAGACAUUCCAAUACCUGGCAACCAAGUACAAUCGCACUUGCUCUCUCACUUUGCAGGAUCUCGCUGCUUGCGGAACUAUCACUUCAGCUCACAGCAAGAACCGAUUCUCGAUAAGCGAGACAAUGAUCCAUAUUCGAGGUCUGUUCAGCACCAAGAAGAUGACCAUCUCAACCGCUAGCAUCUUUCUGUCCUGGACACUGAUUGGUCUUGCGUACCCUCUGUUCUACGUCUUCCUUCCGUGA